UCAGUCGCUUCGUGAGUAGUGAGCGCUCACCGCGCGUCGUGUCCCGUGAGCGUCGCGACGAACGCGCGCGAAAAAACCAAAACGGCCGGCAACGAGACUACAGACAUGGUCUCCGUGGGCGCGUGGAGGCGUCGCACUCCCGACGACUGUGAAGACAGGUCGGAACCCGGCGCCUCCAGCUCUGGAGUCCCGCGGGCGCCGCCGAACUGCGCCCGCUGCCGCAACCACAGGCUGAAGAUCGAGCUGAAAGGCCACAAGCGCUAUUGCAAGUACCGCUACUGUACUUGUGAGAAGUGCCGUCUCACCGCCGACAGGCAGAGGGUUAUGGCUCUGCAGACGGCGUUGCGGAGAGCCCAAGCGCAGGACGAAGCGCGGGCUCGGGCUCUGGAGACGGGAAUUCAGCCGCCAGGGAUAGAAUUGGACAGGCCGGAGCCUCCGACAGUGAAGGCUCCUAGGAGUCCCGUGGUGCCGCCACCGGCUGCUAUUGACCGUCGAUCGCUGGGCUCAGCCAGCUGUGAUUCAAUUCCCGAAUCACCACCGGGAAUGUCGCCGUAUUCAGCUCCUCCGGCGUCCGCGCCUCCACAGCCGACCAUGCCGCCGCUACUGCCGCCACAGCAACCAGCGUUUUCACUGGAGUCUUUGGUGGAGAACUGUCAUAAGCUGCUGGAGAUGUUCCACUACUCCUGGGAGAUGAUGCCACUGGUGCUGGUCAUCCUGAACUACGCUGGCAGCGACCUCCAGGAGGCUGCCAGGAAGAUCGACGAAGGGAAGAUGAUUAUCAACGAAUACGCCAGGAAACAUAAUCUGAACAUAUUCGAUGGGCACGAGCUACGGAACUCGACUCGACAGAAAAUGCUGAGCGAAAUUAAUAAUAUAAGUGGUGUACUGUCAUCGUCCAUGAAGUUGUUUUGCGAAUGAUACUUUAAAUACAAGUGCGGUGUUGUGCUUGGACACAUGCUGUUGUAUGCUGUGCGAAAUAUUUUUAUAGCUGGACUUCGGAGCGGCGGCGCCCACUGUACCCCCGUCAACCUCAACAUCGGGGAGCAUCGGUGAAUGAGCGGCUCAUCUCGAGUGUUUGGACUCCUAGUGUUAGAUCUGUAUAGACAUGUAUAUAGUGUUGGACACCAGAAACAGUACCUUAUUAUUAUUAUUAUUUUAAGGCCCUAUAUUAUAUGUAUUACAUUAAAAUACUUAUCCACACAUGUGCUGUUACAAAGCUAUUUUUAACUUUCACAGAUUAUUAAUACGGCAGUGCAGUAUGGACUGAUGCCUUUAUUAUUCUUUAUAUGAUCUGUUAUAGCCACGUUUUGUCCGGGUAUACCCCAUAUUUUGAUUCAGGCGUCGGGCGGAGCGAUUCAAGCGCCGCCCUAUGAUGAAUAAUAUCAUUUAUUUCUCUGUAGGCUUGACGAUUAGGGUUGCUCGAUAAGAAAAACAAAAAUUCAUUCAUAUUAUUUAGGCAAGUUCAGAGAUGUCUCAACAAUACCUCAAACACUGGCAAAUAUAACGUAAUUAAAUUUUUUAUGAUACAAUAUUUACAUCAAUAAGAAAUUGUAUGUGCCAACCCUAAUUGUUGAAUCGCCGUCACUUCGAGAUAUGUCUGAGCUUGAAUCAACCCCGCCUUGAUUACACCUUAUUGUCACUCAAAACUGUAAGCUUACAAAUAAAUUUUGAAGUAAGUUAUGAUAAUACGCAAAAGAAUGGAUUCGUUGUAUUUUAAUGAAAAAAAAAAUGUCCAAAAGUAUGAAUUCCAUCCAUUGUUCGUCUAUCAAUCACUUCCGUCUCGUCGUUGUCCAAAUUUAAUCGAAAUUUCUAUUAUCGAUAAUAUUUGAUCUCAAUUUUUUGUAAAAUAAAAGUAAGCUAAAUUAAAUUUAAAAUUAGAUUGUUUUACGAUAAUAUCUAAAUGUAUUAUUAUUUGUCAAAAAAAAAAUAAAAAAAAUAUACUAGCUUCUAUACCUACUGCGAAUGGAAUAUUUAUUGAAUUUUCCAAAAAAAAAAAAAAAUUUAUCUAAAGACGAUUUCAGAAAUCGUACCUCAAUAGAAUCACUUGGAGUGCUAUAAGAGUCAUGGUAAGUGAUGUCUUCUUAAUGUAAUCGUCCGUAUAAUUCAAAGGUGUGAAAAAUAUCUCUAUCUUUUCUCCCUUAAAUCCGUCAACAAAGAUAUUCAUUUAAGUAUUUCUUAUUAUGUAAAUAUGUUAGCAUAUUGUAUAGAACUAGAUCAAUUCGGUAAUAACUAUAAGUUAUAAGCAAUUCUUGAUAAAUAAUAUGCUUCAAUGUUUCAAUGGAUCGUGUUUUGUUUUUUUUUUAAUACUGGCAAUAAUAGUUUAAUGAAAUAAAACUGGCUGGUUAUAUAUGCCAUUUAUUUAUUUAAAUUAUGAAAGCGUAUAUGUCAUGUUCCAUAUAUGUAUUUAUAAAAAUCCAGUCGCUCCUAUACGUAAGUGCAUUUUGAAAAUUCUUGUUACACGAAAUCCUACCACAUACGAUCGUACUAGUUAUUGCACUGUUUUAUACAUCACAAUUUUUUGAUCACCGAAAAAAAUCUAUGAAUACUGUAUUAGCUUAAAUUUUGGACGAUUUUGAUUUGACUGAAUUUAAAAAUCAUCCAAAAAUUUAUAAAUAAUAAUAAUUAAAACGCGACAUUUACCUACAUAGAAAUGUAAAACGCUAGUUCUGUAUCAAACUGCUUGCACUUUUUAAUUCAAUUAGAUUUAUAAAUUCAAUUAAAAUUCAAUGAUUUCUAUUUCACUAUCUACACAUACAAACGUACAAUUUAAAACCGUUCUGUUAAAUAAAUUUCCUUUACGACUAUUAUUUAGAAAUAGUGAUGUUUGAUGUUAGUUUUAACUAGACACGUACCUCUAGGCUAGUUGUACAUUGAAUGGAUCCUAGUAAUGUAUAAGGUAGUAUAAGUUAACAACUAAUAUUUAUACUCCGGCAUCACAAACGUUUCAGACUGAGGCAUCACAUUUUUUUUUUAAUUCAUACUAUUAUAAAGUUAAAGAAACCAAAGUUAUUAUUCCGUUGGAUUAGUAUGUAAUGUCGGGUGCUUCGUUCACAAAAUAUUUCUCAUGUAAAUAACAUAACUAGAUUAUAAACCGCACAUUAUAUUACACAUCACAGAGGUUGCUAACGUUUUAUUUUAUAAUAGAUAUAAGGUUUAGCUAUAGUUAAAUGGGUUGGAAGACGAAACGCUAGCUCUUAGUUCAUUUGACAAAAUAUUACUAUUAGACAUACAAAAAGAAACUUUCAUGUGUCAUUUUACAUACACCGAUAAUAUCCGCUUACUUUUAAUAUAUUAUCUGUCUCCGGAAACGAUUUUCUUAAUAGCUUAAUAAAUUUUUUAGAGUUCGGUAACAUAGCAUGGGUAUGUAGAAAUGUCUGAGGCGUCCAUUAAAUAAAUGUUUUUUUUUUUUGUUGUAAGUAUAUACAAAUGUUACAUUUUUAAUAAGUUACCUAUUAUUAAACUCAGUAAGGUUAAUCCUAUUAUUGUCAUUUGACAGUGACAGCUACAUGCAGAUUAAAAAAAUAUUUUUAUAUCUUUUUUUUUAUUUAUUAUACAUUAUACAUACCUAUGAUUCGAUUUAAUUUUAUGAAUUCAUUUACUGUACAAGUUUUUUUUUUGUUAAAUUUGUUGUAUUUAUAGACGAAAUAGGUUUGAGGUUUUCAAUUUAAACUAAUGUUUAUAAUUUUCUGUCAAAUAAACGAUUCCAGAUGUCGUUUUAAUUUA